UGGUGGCAGCAGCGCGCAGAAUCAGCUGAGCGUGACGUCAGGCGAAGAAGAAUCUCUGUUUACAGCUGUGUUUAAAUGACGUUAGCAUGAGUUUCGACAGUGUGAUUUAAGACAUGAUUUCUGAUUUAAACUUUCAUUCUGGAACCCCGACAUGAGCGACGCGAUGGAGAGCCGAGAGCAGCGCACUCUUCUGUCCGAGCGCGAGCCUGCAGCCGAAAACAAGAGAGUCAGUGAUCCUCAGGCAGCAGAGGAGAGGAGCACAGCGGUGGAGAAGAGAGGACCGUACCUCAUGACCAAAGCUCACGCCCUUAACAGCAAACUCCAGAAACAGCGAGAAACGGCCAGAAGAGCUCUGCAGAAGAGAGGCUUGAGUCCAGCGAGAGCUGCGCUCCAUCAGCCCCGACACAAACCAAAGACUGUGAAGUUCAAUAAGGGAUACGCUGCCUUGAGUCAGACAGGAGAAGAUUCACUCAUCUCACUGGAUUCAGACAGUGAUGCAGAGCUGGAUUGUUCAUCUGGAUAUUCCUCAGCAGAGGUUCAUCCAGACCUGAGCCGGCAGCUGCUGAAGGACGGAUAUCACCUGGAUGAGAUCCCUGAUGAUGAAGAUCUGGACCUGAUUCCCCCGAAAGCCUUGAGCUCCUCCGUCUGCUGCUGCUCGGAGGUGUCGUCCUGCUGUGUGCAGUGAUCCACACACGACACCAGAGACGGACACCACGUCUGUUAGUGACCAUCAGAGGUCUGUGUGUGUGUGAGAGAGCAUCAGAAACACCCUGUCAAUGCGUUUAAGACCACAGAGUCAUUUAGUUUGUGAUCCUUUAAGGCAAAACACUUCCAAUUUUGACCUGCAUGCGAGUGAUUUACUGUCCGUAUCCCAUGAAACUGCUCAAGAACGCUUUACACCUGUCGUAAAUCACCCAAAAUAAUAAGUAGUUAUAUUUAGAAAAUAAGCAUAGCACCAUGUAAGAUUAUUUGCACUGUUACAUUAUUUUCUUUCUUACGCUUUACAAUAAGAUCUCAUUAGUUAAUGCAUUAAUAAACAUUUUCAAUAACUAAUGUUGAGAUUAACACUUAGUUCAUGUUAACUAGUGAAGCAAGUGUUAGUUUAUUUACCCCAGAUUCUCAUUAACGUAAUGCCAAAGAUCUCAUUCUCAUCGCUGUAACCGUGUAAUAAAAUAAUAUUUAAAUGAUCAGUUAUUUAUACAUCAUCACGGUAGUAUUUGUUAUGCUUUGAAAACCUUUUGCAACAGCGGAUUACAGUAAUGAAACGUACCGUCUCUGUUGUCUUUAGUUACAACAUCAAUAUUUAGUUUAUUUUCGGGGUGAAAUAUGAUUUGAAUGAGAUUUGUGUGUUUUUAUCUUUAUUGUCUGAGUUUUUUGUCAUAUAAUCAUCAUUUUUGGCUCUGAUGGUUUCAAAAAGGAACUGAAGACUAAAGUUGGAUCUGAAAGAGACGAAAUUACCCAUGAUUCUCCAGUGCAGUGUUUGGGGAAGCGCAGUGUUACUGAUGUUGAAACUACUUUACAUACUGUUGAGUCAAGUGUGUGUGUGUGUGUGUGUGUGUGUGUGUGUGUGUGUGUGUGAGCUCAUGUAUAUGUGUUACUCUGCUCUUUUGAAAAGUGUUUAUUAAAUUUUUUUUACAUGUUCUCUCUGUAAA